AUGAAGAGUUCUUUUUCAAGUACUCUAAGACCACUGUGUCUGUAUUCUAGGAUUCUCUUCUGCAACAAAGAAGAACUCUUCUGUGACUCUCUAGCAGAUCCGAAGCUAACUGGUCCGGUGUUGCAGCCACACUCGAAUGUGCUGGAGGGAUCGAAUGUUGCUUAUGAGUCGAAGCAGCUAGAAAAUGGAAAGCUUUACGUACGUGUAGACAUGUCUGGUGUUUCUAAAGAUAACCUUAUUGUUUCUGUUACGAACGGAAGAGUGAAUGUGACUGGUCUAGCCACGACUCUACUGGUCGCUUUUACUCUGGUGAUGUUGAUAUGCUCUCCUUUUCUGCAUGCAUUUCAAGCCGUCAGAUCAAAACCAUUGCCAAAAAUGGUGUGA